GCUCGUCCUUCCCCCUCGACCAGGCCACGCCUCCCGCGGAGUGCCCGCGGCGGCCGCGGGAUGCGCUGGGCUCCGACCCCGCGCGCGGAGCUCCGCCGAGCGGGACGCAGAAGGACGUACUGUAGUACUACUUGCCCUGCUUAGGGGCGCGCGACCGACACAAACAUGUAGAACAGCCACCCCGUGAUCGACUGCUUCGGGAGCGGUGCGGCCCGAGGGCACCCGCCACGCAGCUUGCACUACGAGGCCCCUCGGCGCGCGAGUCGCCCCUGGGGGGUGUGGGUGGGGGCGGGGGGCCACGCACUCACGGGUGGCAUCAGCAUGCCGGGGUGGCGCCGAUCGAGCGCGGCGCCCGAAGACUGCGGCGGAAGCGUGCCGCCUGCGGCGGAAGCGCGUCGUGGCGACCCCGGUUAUGCUUUAUGUAAAUCUAGACACAAGGCAGGGAGAGAGAGGGGGGGGGGAUGGGCGCAAGAAAGAGCGCCGUGAGAAGGUUGGACUGCAUGCCAUCGCGGCCCCGGGGCUGCGGCUGGAGUGCCUUCGCAGCUCCCAACGCGCCCAUGCACACGACGAGAAGAAAGAGAGAGAGAGAGCGCGAGAGCGAGGCUGCUGAUGAUUGCGAUGUUUAUCAAAAUGAUGAUGGAGGAGGUGGCCCACAAGUCGCGGCAACACCUAGAGGCUCACUGUGCCGUCACAGGGCUUGGUGAUACGAGUGGCAAGCAAGCCAACAACCAUGGUAGCAACAAGCAAAUUUUGUGGAACCCCACGCCACCGCAUUUCAAGAAGUCCCGUUGCUUUAAAUUGUGGGAGGAAGAGAGAAAGAGAGAGAGAGAGAGAGAAGAGAGAGAGAUGGAGAGAGAGGAGAGAGGAUCUGAGCACGAUCCCCGCGCCAGAGCCCGUCAGCCUGUGACACCAACCACACCGAACGAAACGGUGAAGCCUGCGAUGCCCUCCGGCUCCAGGCCGGCGCCACAAUCGAAAUGGUGAGGCCUGCGAUGCCCUCCGGCUCCAGGCCGGCGCCACGGCCAGAGAAAGAGGCGCCGACGUGCACGGCACCCUCCGAGAGGCCCGCGCCACGGCCUUCAGCUCCACCCACGGUGGCACUCGGGGGGCGCCGACCGACCAUGUCGCCGAUUGGCGGUCGGCCGAGGUCGUCCCCCCAAAACGGCGCGCCUCGGCGCACCUCGCGCUGGAAACGUGCCGACGCACGCGUCGUCGAAAGCCCACUGGCGUGAGGGUCCCGGGCCAGGUCCCGCGACAAGAGGUCUCCGGUCUGGCGGCCCAGGCCGGGGCAUGGCGCGGAGCGGCUGUCCGCGAAGACGGUGCAGUGCCUGGAAACCGCUGGGGUGAGGGGAGAGAGAAGCGCUGAUUCGCAAGAGCGGGCAAAACCCAUGGGCGGCGCAAACUCUGGAGGCUUGUAAAUUGGCAACUCCAACGCAGGGGGCUGCCUCCACCAGAGGCAGGUGUCCCCAGGCGUUGGUGCUGGUGGUCAGCUUUCGGCACCAAAGCCCAGAUACUACCACCAUCCCCGAGAUCGGGAUCAUCUUCACUAGCUGGAGGCACACCGCCGAUACUGGUGCUGGUGUCAACCUCUGGGCCUCCGAAAGCGCUGCUCCCUCGGAGCGCACGGAGAGGCCAGGAGCUGCGCGCACUGCUCCACUCGCAAAGGACUGUGCCGGCAGAGACGCAACGACGA